AUGCUUCAGUCCGCAUCUAUAGCCAUGCCAACAGCCUCGACCUCACCCGCUCCUACCACGCCUCGCAUGCCUCGCCAACAACCCAAGAAGAGCGGCAUCGCUGUGGCCCUCCAGAACCAGAACAAUAACAUGAACACCAACGGUGCGCGCCAACACCGAAACCCUGCGCAGACCCACGCUCGUCAUCAAUCCAUGCCUUCUCAACCCCGUCCAACGCCGGGCUCUCCCUCCCUCACUGGCAAUGCCGUCAAGGGCUCUAGCAAUGCAACAUUAUCGAAGCGUGUGUCCGUCUCCGUAGUCGCUGUCGCCCCUGCAUCCUCCUCGACUGUUUCAGCCAUCCAAAUCUUGAAGAACCAGAACCAGCAGAGCAACACCAACAGCAACGAACGGCACAUGAAGCCAAAGCCCAAUGCUGCGAAAAAUCUUCAAGCUCAGGGACAGCAACAGCAGAACGGCCACGGCAAUAACUCGAGGAGCAAACGUAACCAGCAGCGCCGCAAGGACAAAGAUACUGCUGUCCCUGCCGCUGAAGCUACGAAAAUGGAUUCAGAUGCAUCUUCGUCCUCCUCGGGGACGAAUCUGUCGCUGGAGCAGAGUCCUCCAUUGAACCCUUCGAGCCCCCCCUCGUCGUCGACGGACUCUGAUGAUUCUGAAUCAUUUGCGAUCCUGCAGUCGAGCCCGAGUUCGAGCCCGAGCCCGCGUCCACGACCAAUUAAGGGAGCGAAUAAGGUCGGCAAUGGACGACAGAACGGCCGUGCAGGCGGGAAGGUACAUGGUCUCCUGUCAGCAAGCCCUCCUCAACGACCAAGCUCUGCUCCGGCGUUACCGCAGCAACGCAAAGGCGCUCCCAUGCCGCAGCGACAGCAGAAUCACCACCAACUGCAGAAUACUCAACCCCAAGGAGAAAUGACGGCGGAUUCUCAAUUCCGACCGAACGUGUCCAAGGCGGUGUCGGCGGAUAAAAUUAUGUUGGCAGACCGUGUAAUGACUGAAAAGAAGAUUGCCAACUCCAUCUCUCCAGCUUCGGCCUCAGCAGCAGCAGCCGCAGCGGCUGCUCUGUAUGCAGGACCUACAUUCCACAACUCCCCUGCGCCGACCAGUCUCCCCAUCCCUGCAUUUGUACGACCAUCGGCUCCAGCUCCAGUCCCGGUUCCUGUCGAAGAGAAAUCUAUGGCGGUGCAGACGAUGCCGACGAUGCCGGCAGCUCCGUUCUUUGGUGAAGGAGCAUCGCCGCAGCUCAACAACAGCAGAAAUCUUCCAUUUCGUCCGCAGCGAACGCAGUCAGAGACAACGGGAUGGAUGACUCAUGCACAUGCGCAUCACUCUAUGCCUGGAUGGACGACAAGCUCGCUGUAUCCGAGCGUGGGGAUGAAUCACCGUGUGCCGGAGCGGAUGGUGACAUCGAGUUUUACGAUGGAUACGCCAAUGACGAUGCCAAUAUCGAUGUCGAUGUAUGGGGCGCCGGUGGCUGAUCCGCAGUUGUUGGAGAUUAGCCAGAAUCUGAGGAACUUAUUGAAGAUCCAAAGUCACGAGGUGUGCCAGAGAUCUUUGUUGUCGAUGAAGCACAAGGGAUGGACAGAUGUCGGUAACAGGGUGGUUUUCAGGUCAAAGUCAAAGUCGAAGCCGAAGGCGGAGGUGGAGGUUGUCGUAGGAGCUGAAGACAUUGAGUGA